AUGGCGAACCCAGAAAUGGAAAUUGUAGCGCUUCGACAGGCACUACAGGAUUUGCACGCCCAAUACCAACAGGACAUCGAAAGUCUGCGGCAACAACUACAACAAUAUCAGCAACAACCACAGCAGUUACAACAGCGACAGAUAAGGGAAUUGGAGUUAUCAACGGACCAAAUUCUGAACAGAUUUAGCCAUGUUAAAACAUUUACUGGCCAAGGAAGUUACACGUUGAUGGAGUUUAUCAACGGUGUAGAAAACAUAAUUUCUCUAUGUAGUAACAACGAGUAUUUGAUUAGACAUGGAUUGAUUAUCAUUAUCAAAGAAAAAAUACAAGGAGAAGCCAAGCGGUGUAUUCAGCGAUUAGGAGAAAAUGUGACGUGGGAUGCUGUUAAAAUGGAGCUGAGAGCCAACUUCAGGCCCAGGAAAAGUUACAAAAAACUCAUGGAUGAAUGCCGAUCUCUUAAAGUGAGUACUCCUCGUGAAUUAUUUGAUAACUUUAGAGUAAUUUGUAAUAGUUUAAAUGAGUUAUAUGAGUUCGACGACAAUAAACCCACAAAUUAUUCACCUGAAAAUAAUAAUAAAAAUUUAGUAGAUGUCGUUAAGGACAUGCUUACUGGUAGUUACCGUAUUAACAUUACUCAAAAUAUGUCCUUAAUUGAGGUCUUCAAUAAAUUUGAUGAUUUAGACUUGUUAGACGAGACGGAAGUAAUUCAUUAUAGUUAUCGCAAAAAUAGAAAUCGUGACGUGAAUGGAAAAGAAUCCAAAAGAGGAAACUUUAAAAAUUCUGGAAAUAACAAUUUCCAAUUGUAUCACCGUAGUAACGAUUCACAACCAAACAGUGAUUAUAAUAAUUUCAAACCAAGUCGCUACAAUAACAAUUUCAAUCGUAAUAAUAAUAAUGACAAAAAUAACUCUCAACCAAACCAAUACAACCAUUCCAAUCGUACUAAAAAUUAUAAUUCCAAGCCAACCGACGGUUAUAACCAAAAAUAUUCAAAUUAUAAUACAGACAACUCGGGACAGUUUCGACAAAACACAAACUCAGAACAGUACAGAAACUUUGACAACAAUAGUUCUAGACAUACUAAACAAUCUAACAACAAAAACUCUAGACAAUUUAAAACAAGACAAAACAAUUUUGACGAUUCAGAGCCUAUGGAAGUUGGGAAUAUCCAGGGAGAUAUAAAUUUUCAGGAAGAGCCUCAGGAAAAACCUUGCCCUUAG